AUGCCUUCUACCGUAAAGGAAGUCCAUACGGGCAUCGUCGGCGCAGGUAUCGGCGGUCUUGCAGCGGCUAUUGCUCUUCGGCGAGCAGGGGCCCAGGUCACGGUGCUCGAGUCUGCAGAACAGCUCACCGAGAUUGGUGCUGGUAUUCAGAUGACGCCUAAUGUCUCUGUUCUUCUCCAGCGAUGGGGCGUGGACAAAGUCAUUGGCGACAACUUGGUGCAGUUCGAAGAAUUGAACAUGCGUCGCAAGGAUGGCACCCGCGUGGGGUAUACGAAGAUUGCUACUCUUGAAGAGUCUCUGGGCCGUCCAUGGUGGGUCGUGCAUCGAGCCCAUCUUCACGAAGGCCUGGUGAAAAUUGCAAAGUCUCUUGGGGCGAAGAUUUUGAUCAAUUCUGCCGUCGCUUCAAUCCGCCAUGAGAGCGCUGAUAAAGUCUUUGUGGAGACAGCGAACGGCGCAAGCUACACAUUUGACUUCCUUAUUGGAGCAGACGGUAUCAACAGUAUCACAAGAAGAACGUUGUUUCCAACGGUUACCCCGGAACCACCUACGACGAACUGUGCGUACCGAGCGUUGGUGCCAUAUGAUGAGAUACGGAAAGAUCCCAUUGCCAAAGAGCUCAUCGAGAAGAAAACCAUGGAGGUUUGGAUGGCGGAGAAUGCCUACAUUAUCACGUAUCCUAUCAGCGCGGGAAACCUCUUCAAUCUCGUUCUCUCUCACCAUCGCCCGGAGAAGCUACGAGCAACAGUGCCGGAGGUGCCCAUUGAAGAGCUUCGCAAUGAAUACAAAGACUUCGACCCCCGAAUCAAGCGAAUUGUGGAUAUGAUUGAUCACACGUCUCGAUGGCCUCUGAUGAUGACCGGCCCCCUGGAUUCCUGGUCGUCACCGCGCAAGAACGUCGUGCUCAUGGGAGAUGCGGCGCACUCCAUGGUCAACCACAUGGCGCAGGGAGCAGCUACAUCUAUGGAAGAUGGAGCGUUCCUGGCAAGGUGUAUCGGCAAAGUAGUCGAGGGUAAGAUUCGGCUCGAUGAAGCCGUCCGCAUCUACGAACAAGAGCGGAUGCCUAAGGCGCAUGCCAAACAGCAAGUGUCCUUCAUCAACGGUGCCAUAUGGCACCUUCCUGACGGGCCCGCGCAGAGGGCUCGCGACAAGGUGAUGGAGCCAGAGCUACACGGCAAGUACUAUGUGCGCAGCAGCAACCUCUAUGGCGACCCACAGACCGUGUUGAGCGUGUAUGGCUAUGAUGCCGAGGAGCACGCAGAGAUCGCCCUAGCAACGUACCUCAACCACAACAGGGAGCCAUUCGACCCCGCCACUGGCGUAACCAAAUCCCUCCAGAGCCAAUAUAUGGACUGGUUCCUGCCGUCAUCUCGCGGGGAGAAGCCUCCCCUGUCCAAGAUGUAA